AUUCCACCUCAUCCCCUCCCUCAUUCGUCCGUCGUCAAUCACGCGUGCCGUCGUAAGCGGGCCGUCGAGUUUCUUCCUUCCAGGCGGAGUCGUCGUUUCUUCCUCCCGGCGACGAUACCAGAAUGACUCGGGGAAACCAGAGAGAGCGAGAUCGGGAGAGGGCUCAGGCGAGGAACCCCAAGGGAAAGGGCAGGGAUGAUGGGUUGACUCCGGAACAGAGAAGGGAAAGGGAUGCCAAGGCGCUUCAGGAGAAGGCAGCGAAGAAAGCUGGGGGGGGAGAAGCAGCAGCAUCCGGGAAUGCGGGAGGCGGUAAGGGCACUAACAAGAAGUAGCAUUCGUCACGAGGUUCGAUUCGGUUAUCAGGGUUCCUUGAUCCUUUCUUUGUGACGUCGCCUCCUGUCAAUUGUAUGUUCGUCCAGUUGGAUCUAUCAUGAUGUAAAACCAUUAUACAAGUGCCGAUAAAGAGAGAACGACUGUUUAUUUGCGUCUGUACUUUGUUGUUCCCUGACCUGUUUAUGAAUUCCAGGUUCUCCUUUCAAUCGAUGCAGUGUCCCUUUUCAA